UCAAGUGCUCAAAGCCUCUAGUUUCCUUGGGGGGUUUUUGGCCUUUUUCUCACUUCAAUGCUGACAGAAAGACCAUGGUUUACAACUUUAGUAUACAUUUAAAGGCCAAGGAGGUACCCAUUCCAUUCAAUUUUAUGGCAUUUAAUGCACAGCUUGAAUGCAGAUUUGGGGAGCCUCAGUUUUCACGGGAAUGUAUCUGUGUUUGAGGGGUGUUUAAAAUUCAAAAGUUUUAGUUUCUGGGUUGCUGUAAAGAUUGAAUCUUUGAAAGGGACAGGUUUUAGUGAACCUCAUUGUGUUUGAAGUACCAAUGGGGUUUGCUGGGUGAAAAGAUGCUCAGUGUUCUUUCCUUUUCUUGGUUAGAUCUCUGAAACUCUGCUUGUCUGGUUGGUUUGCUUCUGUCAUUUCCUGCAUUGAGUUCAAGUUACAAAGUGUUCAUUUGCUCAAUAUUUUCUUGCAUUUCCUGAUUCUUCAACUUCUUUUGAAUCCUGAGCCCACAGGGUCUUGUUUUGUUGCCUUGAGAUAAUUUGUGUAUUGAGUUUGGGUGAUUUGUGUGUUCUCAGAAUCUGCCCUUUGGAUUUCUUUUUGAUUCUACAUUGAAAGAUUAAGCAUUUGAUAGCUUAUUUAGUGUUGUUUUUGAGUCUUAGUUACUGAGGGAGGGUUAGGAUGAAGCUAAUUAGGCUUUUAAUAUUUGCCCUUUAUUUUGUGUAUGCCCUGGGGCAACUUCCUUCCCAGGACAUUUUGGCACUGCUUGAGUUCAAGAAAGGGAUCAAGCAUGACCCAACUGGAUUUGUGCUUAGAUCAUGGAAUGAGGAGUCCAUUGACUUCAAUGGCUGCCCUUCUUCUUGGAAUGGCAUUAUGUGUAAUGGUGGUAAUGUUGCAGCUGUUGUCCUUGACAACCUAGGAUUGUCUGCAGAUGUGGAUUUGAGUGUGUUUUCUAACCUCACAAUGCUCGCGAAGCUUUCGCUGGCAAACAAUUCGAUUUCGGGGGAGUUACCUCACAACAUAGCAGAGUUCAAGAGUCUCGAGUAUUUGGAUGUUUCUGAUAAUCUGUUUUCCUCACAUUUGCCACCACAAUUGGGGCAGUUGGGGAGUUUGAAGAACAUGUCGAUAGCCGGGAAUAAUUUCUCUGGCUCAAUUCCUGAUACACUUUCAGGGCUCACCUCAAUCCAGUCAUUGGAUUUGAGUAGAAAUUCCUUGUCUGGGCCGGUGCCAUCGUCUUUGACCAAGCUGCCUAGUUUGGUAUACCUCAACCUAUCCAUGAAUGGGUUUUCGAGAAAAAUUCCUAAGGGAUUUGAGCUGAUGGAAAGUCUCGAGGUACUUGACUUGCGUGGUAAUGCGCUCGAAGGUGAUUUAGAUGCAACAUUCUUGCUGUUUACUAAAGCAGCUCAUGUUGAUCUUAGCGGGAAUCUGCUUGUGAGUUCUGGUUCUCUCCCGCGCAUUUCUGAGAGUAUCGAGUAUUUAAAUCUUAGCCAUAAUCAGCUUACGGGGUCACUUGUAAGCGGGGGCGAAGCCCAAACAUUUGGGAACUUGAAGGUGCUUGAUCUCAGCUACAAUCAAUUCUCAGGGGAAUUACCUGGCUUCAAUUUUGUUUAUGAUCUUCAGGUUCUUAAGCUCAGCAACAAUAGAUUCUCGGGAUUCAUCCCUAACGGUCUUCUAAAAGGGGAUUCCAUGGCUCUAACCCAGUUGGAUUUAAGUGGCAAUAACCUCACAGGGACAAUAAGGAUGAUAACAACAACAUCAUUGCUUGUCCUCAACCUAUCCUCGAACGCACUUUCUGGUGAGCUUCCAAUAGUAACGGGAAGUUGCGUGAUACUUGACCUCUCAAACAACCGGUUUGAAGGGAACCUGACGAGAAUGCAGAAAUGGGGAGAUAUCGAAUUUCUUGAUCUCAGCCAAAAUCGUUUGACUGGAACCAUCCCUGAAGUCACUGCUCAGUUUUUGCGUCUAAAUUUCCUCAACCUCUCUCAGAAUACCCUGAGUGGUUCGAUCCCGAAAGUUAUCACACAGUUUCCUAAACUCACAGUCCUUGACCUUAGCUUCAACCAAUUGGACGGGCCUUUUCUUACUGCUCUUCUAACAUUACCUACCCUUGAAGAACUUCACCUGCAGAACAAUAUGUUCUCUGGAGGCAUCGAUUUCUCUCCUCUCUCCAACACUUCGAACCUUCACGUUCUUGUUCUAUCACAUAAUCAGCUUUCUGGCUCGUUUCCUGAUGGUUUCGGGACGUUGUCUGGGCUUCAAGUGGUUGAUAUAGCGGGGAAUAAUUUUUCUGGUUCUCUGCCAACUACUCUUGGUGAUUUAAGCACUCUAAGUUCCUUUGAUCUUUCCCGCAAUCAUUUCACAGGUCCAUUGCCAGAAAAUCUGCCCGAUAGCCUCCAGGUCUUUAAUGCGACGAACAAUGAUUUCUCUGGUGUUGUACCAGAAAAUUUGAGAAAGUUUCCACUUUCGUCUUUCUACCCUGGCAAUUCAAAGCUACAAUACCCAAAUGCUCCUCCGGGUUCGAGCAACAGUGAAGUGGCAGAUUGCAGAAGGAAGCCGCUGAAAACUAUUGUAAAUGUGAUAAUAAUAGUUUCUUGUGUCGUGGCGGUGGUUAUCUUGAUCUUGCUCAGCAUUUUCGUUUACUACAUGCAAAGAUCGAGGUCUCAGCCACAUGUUACAGACAAAGACAUCCACCGCCAGGCUGCUUCGAAUCCUUCUAGCUUUAGCAGAAGAGAGGGUGCUGGUAAUUUAGUUGUUUCAGCCGAGGAUCUUAUUGCCUCGCGAAAGGGAUCAUUUCCCGAGACAAUGAGUAGUCCCGAUAAGAAAACAGCAGCGGCCAUAGCAAGUUUCUCCCCGUCUAAAACUAGCCAUCUCUCGUGGUCAUCCGAGUCUGGGGAUUCAUACACUGCUGAAAACCUUGCAAGAUUGGAUGGCAGGUCUCCCGAUCGUCUGCCUGGUGAGCUGUACUUUCUAGACGACACAGUCUCGUUUACGCCACAGGAACUAUCAAAGGCCCCAGCCGAAGUGUUGGGCAGGAGCAGCCAUGGAACGUCCUACAGGGCAACACUGGAAAGUGGCCUCGUUUUGACUGUUAAGUGGUUGAGGGAAGGAGUGGCUAAACAGAGAAAGGAUUUCGCAAAGGAGGCUAAGAAAUUCGUGAAUAUCAGACAUCCGAACGUGGUAGGACUAAGAGGGUACUACUGGGGACCCACGCAGCACGAGAAGCUAAUUCUUUCGGAUUACAUAUCCCCUGGAAGCCUAGCGAGUUUUCUUUAUGAUCGACCUGGAAGAAAAGGGCCUUUAACCUGGCCCCAAAGACUAAAGAUAGUUGUUGAUGUUGCGCGAGGGCUGAACUAUCUCCAUUUUGACCGCGAGGUUCCCCAUGGGAACCUUAAAGCGACCAAUAUACUGUUGGAUGGUCCAGACCUCAAUGCCCGGGUUGGUGACUACAGUCUUCAUCGCCUCAUGACUCAAGCGGGGACCACAGAACAGAUUCUCGAUGCUGCAGCCUUGGGAUACCGGGCACCAGAGCUGGCUGCAUCCAAGAAGCCAACGCCCUCGUUCAAAUCGGACAUAUAUGCCUUUGGGGUCAUCAUGCUGGAGCUCGUGACUGGAAAAUGCGCGGGCGAUGUGGUUUCCGGGGAAGGCGGGGGCGUGGAUUUGACGGAUUGGGUGAGGCUGAAGGCGGGAGAGGGUCACGGUUCGGACUGUUAUGACGCGGUGGUGUUGCCCGAGAUGGGAAAUCCGGUGGCGGAGAAGCAAAUUAAGGAGGUGACCAGAAUAGCUUUGAGAUGCAUAUGCUCAGUGUCUGAGAGGCCAGGUAUCAAAACUAUAUAUGAGGAUCUGUCAUCUAUUUAGUUUGAAAGAAUAGUUUGAAAGUUUGUUGAUUAUUUUGUUCAGUUUGGGAUGAAUACUUUAGGUAGGGAAUCAAAUAGCUCAUUGAAGCCCUUUCGGUAGUACUGGAAUUAGAACUGGUUUUUUUUUUUUUUUUUUUUUUUUUGGUGACGAGAGAAAUCAGUAGCCAGAGGGUGUGCAUUGGUUGUUUUAAUUUAGUGCAGAUGAUCUAAUUUUGUUAACCAUUGUUGUAUCUUUGAGCACACUGUGAUUUAUAUAAUCCUUUCUAAUUUUUUUGUUGGGGGCA